UUUUUUUAAAAUGACUACAGCUGAUCAAUUAGCUGAAGAACUUGAACCGAAUACGUCUGCACGGGAUCAUGACGAGUCUGCAGAAUUUCAAGAACCGAAUGAAUUUAUUGAAAAUCUCCAAAAAGACCUUACCAAAUGGAUGCAGGGAUUUCGCCAUUUCAAACGUUUAUUUGAUCGUGAUCAGUCCAAAUUGUCUCCAAUAGAAAAGUCUUUAAAUGAAUUACAAGUGGCAUUGCGACACUUGGAACAAAACAUUGAAAUACCAGAGUUGUGCCUUCAGAUCAACCCUCACAUUCAACAAAUUGUGGAUGCUGCCAAAUCUCAAAAUCGAAAACCCAAACCAGAAGAUCUUGGAGAACUUGGACAAGACCCCGAAUUUUUGGGCUCUCUUUCAAAAGGUGUUUUAGAGUGGAUAAAAGCGAUUCAAAAAGUCACAAAUAUGGAUCGAGAUCCAUCAUCUGGUACUGCAUUACAAGAAGCAACUUUUUGGAUUAAUUUGGAGAAGGCUCUUGUUAAAAUUACAGCAUUACACGAUUCUGUUGAAGUUAUUACUACUCUUGAUGUGUUAAAGGCAGGAAAACGUUUUCAUGUUACGACUUCUUUUGAAUCUGAUACUGGUUUAAAAGAAAAAUUGACAACUGCAAUCGAUUAUAAUGUUUUGAUGAAGGAUUUGCCGUUAAGUGAACUUUUGGGUGCUUCUGAUUUGGAUUCUUUACGUCAGGCAGUUUUAAACAUCUUCAAUGUCUUCAAGAAAUUACGCAAUACAAAAUAUCCUGUUAAACGUGCAAUGCAAUUUUUCAAUACAAUUUCUGCAGAUCUUUGUGAACAGAUGAUUCAGAUUCUCAAACCUCGUUUACUUAUGCAUGCUCCUAUUUCUGAACUUGACGAAGUUAUGGCUGUGUGUUCGAAGAUUUGGUUUCAAUGGGAUGAGGAAUCUGACAAAAUUCAAGGAAUGUUCCGUGAUAUUGCAAAGCGUCAACGUUCUGAUGUUAAAUUUCAGCACCGAACUCAAUAUCGUCACAAAGAUUUAGAGAAUAGAUUGAAUGAACUUAACACUUUUCGACGACAGCACGAACAGUUAAGCAAUGUUAUUUCUCGUGUUUUACGUUUUAAAGGAGCAAAUUCACUUGGGAAUAUUACUGGAAAACAAACAAAUCCCGAGAAGGAGGUUAUCAAGGCAUAUGAGGCUAUUAAGGAAGUUAAUUAUCUUGAUUUGAGUCAUUCUGGUCAGCAAGCUUGGCAGAGUUCUAUGCAAUAUUACAAAAAUCAUAUCGUUGGAAUUGAAACUCAGUUAGCCUCACAUCUUCGUGAUCAACUUGGAAGCUGUAAAAGUGCGGAUGAUAUGUUUUCAAUCUUUUCUCGUUACAAUGCUCUUUUUGUUCGUCCUCAUAUUCAAACUGCUAUUAGAGAAUAUCAAGCUGUUUUAAUUGAUCGUGUUCGUGAAGAUAUUCGUAUUCUCCAAGAAACUAUUAUUGACCCAAAAAAGAUGGAAUUGGCAAUUUUUGUUGUGGAGGGAUAUGAUAUACCUGAAUUUUCUGCUAAAGUUAUGUGGCUUCGUCAAAAUGAGUUGCAGCUUAAUAUGAAUAUGCAAAGAAUUGCUGAUGUUUUGGGAACACAAUGGGUUAAUCAUCUUGAAGGAAAAGAAUUGAAGCGGGAAUGUGAUUUAUUGAAAAAACAACUUGAUACUUCAGUAAUGUUUAAAGAAUGGUCUGAUAAAGUUUUGACAAAAUGCAAAACAACCAAUGACAAACUUUUUUGUGUUGAAAAACAACAACGUGAUGGGAAAGUUAUUUGUCGUCUUCGUGUUAAUUAUUCUGCUGAUUCUAUUCGUAUUGCUAAAGAAGUAAGAAAUUUAAAAAACAUGGGCUUUCGCAUUCCUUUCAAAAUUAUGAGUUAUUCUGUUGGAAUCAGUCAAUAUAAUCCUUAUGCAAUUUCAUUAAUGGAAUCUGUUCGGCUUUAUGAAUCAACAAAUGAAAUUAUUUCAACUCGUCCUUCUGUUGAAAAUUUGGUUGCGGGUCAUAGACUUAUAAUACAUGAUUUGCUUUGCGAGGGUUACAAAACUGAUUGGAGCAAUUUUAAACUUGAGUCAUAUGUUUGUAAAUUUGGGGAGGCUGUAAACAACUUCCUCGAAAAAGUAACAGAUUUGAUUGAAUAUCUUGAUAAGAUCGAUGUUGAACUAUCCGCAUUGGAUAAAUGCCAUUACAAUGAAGAAACAAUUUCGCAAAUUAUUGGAGCUAUUCAAAAAUCUAUUGAUCAAAUGGCUUUAAAUGAUUAUUCUAAUUUGCAUAAGUGGAUUGAAGAACUUGAUAAAACUUUGGAAGCUAAGCUUGCUCGUCGAUUAGAAGAAGCAAUUCAUGUUUGGACAUUAGUUUUGCAACAAAAUCGUGAUGAAUUGGAAGAUGAGAGGGAAGCUAACAUUUUACCCAAAAUAAAUACAAUAACUUUGGAGAUUCGUAUUGUCUCUCAAUUUAUUACUGUUGUUCCGUCUCUUGAGAAGGCUAAAUCUGAUCUUUUUGACCAAUUUUAUCACUGGCAUUCAAUAAUAACUGCACAACCAAGAAUUUCUUCUUCUCGUUUUCAAACACUUCAACAAAAUCAAGAGUUUUCCACUUAUAAAUGUGUUCUCUUAAAACUUCCAAAAAAGCAACAAAGACUUUUUGAGGCAUACAAGGCAAUCGAUGAUGUUCUUCUUAAAACAAAUGACUAUGUUAAUCAUUGGACUCGUUAUCAAGCUCUUUGGGACCUGCAACAAGAUAUUCUUUUUGAAAGGCUUGGAUCUGAGUUAACUAAUUGGAUGAAAGUGAUUUUGGAAAUCAAAAAGUCUCGUUCUAUGGUUGAUUCGCCAGAAUCCCAGCAUAAAAUAUUCCCUUUCUCUGUUGAUUAUUCUCGUGUUCAGUCAAAAAUCGCUAUGAAAUAUGAUUAUUGGCAAAAAGAAGUUCUGUCUAAAUUUGGAAAUUUUUUGGGUUUGUUUUCAUCUUUUUAUUUGUUUUAUAAAUACUGUAAUUUAGGAACUUCUAUGCAAGACUUUUUUGCUUAUAUCUCUACUGCACGUUCUGAGCUCGAAUCCCAAAGUAUUGAUUCAACUAAUACAAGUGACACUGUUGCUCUUAUUACUCAAGUACAAAAUUUGAAAAAGCAUAUUAUUCCCUUCAAAGAGAAAGUAAGCAGUUAUUGUACAGGCCAAAAACUUUUAAACAAUCAUCGUUUUACAUUUCCUCCGUCUUGGCUUUAUGCUGAAAAUGUUGAAGGUGAGUGGUCAGCAUUAAUGGAUGUUUUGGAAAGGAAGGAUACUGCGAUUCAAACACAGAUUACAAAUCUUCAAACAAGAAUUCAUGAAGAGGAUAAACUUUUAGAAAAACACAUUAAUGAUCUUAUUAAUGAAUGGAAUAAAUCUAGACCUGUAAAAGGAGCAAUUCGUCCUAAAGAUGCGUUGGCCAUUUUGACUAAUUUCGAAGAUAAGUUUAAACGACUUAAAGAUGAACAAGAAAAUAUUGUGAAGGCCAAAAAUGCGUUGGAGAUUAGUGAAUCUGUUGUUAGUAUAAACCAACAAUCAGCUUCAAAAUUGGAGCUUGCAAUUGAGGAACUUGAGGAUUUAUCAUGCGUUUGGAAAUCUUUAUUGCCUAUCUACAAUAAUUUGGACGAAUUAAAGGAAAUUCCCUGGCUUUCUAUUCAACCUAGAAAAUUACGUCAAAAUUUGGAGGAACAACUUGGUAAACUUAGAAAUCUUCCCUCUCACUAUAAACAAUAUGAUGCAUAUGCUCAUGUUAAAGGUCUUUUGCAGAAUUACUUGAAGAUGAACCUUCUUAUUAUGGAGUUAAAAUCUGAGGCUUUAAAGGAUCGUCAUUGGAGAAGUAAUUUUUCUUUUUUUAUAUGUUUUAAAUUGUUUUUAUUAUUUUUAGCAUUAAUGAAGGAGAUGGGCGUUAAUUGGGUUCUUUCCGAAUUAACAUUGGGAAAAGUUUGGAGCGUUGAUCUUCAGAGACAUGAACAUGCUGUACGUGAGGUCCUACUCACAGCUCAAGGAGAACUUGCACUAGAAGAAUUUAUUAGACAAGUUAAAGACUAUUGGACUGAUUAUACUCUUGAUUUGGUUGGUUAUCAGCAAAAGACUAGAUUAAUUCGUGGAUGGGAUGAUUUAUUCAACAAAUUGAAAGAACACAUGAAUAGUUUAAAUCAAAUGAAACUGUCUUCCUACUACAAACAAUUUGAGGAGGAUGCUUUAUCUUGGGAGGAUAAACUUAAUAGAAUUAAUGCUUUAUUUGAUGUUUGGAUUGAUGUACAAAGAAGAUGGGUUUAUUUGGAAGGUCUUUUUACUGGAUCGGCGGAUAUUGCUCAUUUGCUUCCAUCCGAAACUAGUCGAUUCAAUCAAGUCUCAACAGAAUUUCUUGGCCUAAUGCGAAAGGUUUCACAAUCCCCACGUAUUCUCGAAGUUGUUCAUAUACAAGGAGCUCAAAAAAUACUUGAACGUUUGGCAGAUUUACUUUCAAAAAUACAAAAAGCACUUGGUGAAUAUUUGGAACGUGAAAGAAAUUCUUUUCCUCGAUUUUAUUUUGUUGGCGAUGAAGAUUUAUUAGAAAUUCUGGGCAAUUCAAAGGAUUUAGUCCGCGUACAAAAGCAUUUCAAAAAGAUGUUUUCAGGAAUUGUGGCAGUUGAACAUGAUACAGAAAAGAAUUUGAUAAAAGCAAUUUCUUCUCGAGAAGGUGAAACUGUUUUGCUUACUACUCCAAUUGAUUUGAUUAAAAAUUCCAAAAUUAAUGACUGGCUUCGAUUGAUGGAGCGUGAAAUGCAAGCUACACUUGCAGAAAUGCUUUCUAUUUCUUUAAAUAAAUUUUUCGUAUAUGAUGUUCAAAAAAUAAAGAUGGAAGAAUACAUUAAUUGGAUUGAAGAAUAUCCGUCACAAAUCGUUAAUCUUGCAAUGGAUGUUUGGUGGACGAACGCCAUUGAAAUGUGUUUAAAAAAUGGUGAAAAUUUGUCUAAAGUUGCUGGUUUAGUUGAGAAAUUACUUUCUUUGUUAUCUAAUAGCGUUCUCUGUGAUCAACCUCGUAUUACAAGAUUGAAAAUUAUAAAUUUGAUUACUGCAUUUAUUCACAAGAAGGGAAUUAUAAGGGAUCUUCUUAAAAAUGAGGUCAAAACACUUAAUGAUUACAACUGGUUAAAGAAUUUGCGUGUUUACUUCGAAGCAAAUACAAAAAAAUGUGUUAUAAAAAUGUCGAAUGCUGUCUUCUAUUAUGGAUUUGAAUAUUUGGGAAUUCAAGAAAAACUUGUUCAAACUCCUUUAACUGACCGUUGCUAUCUUACCAUGACUCAAGCAUUGCAUUUUCGAUUUGGAGGUAGCCCGUUUGGACCGGCUGGUACUGGAAAAACUGAAUCGGUCAAAGCGCUUGGUCAUCAGCUUGGAUGUUUUGUUCUUGCUGUUGGUCGUAUUCUUGUUGGGCUUUGCCAAGUUGGUGCUUGGGGUUGUUUUGACGAGUUUAAUCGAUUGGAGGAACGCAUGCUUUCUGCAGUCUCUCAACAGAUCCAAGCAAUUCAAGAAACUAUAAGGAAUGGUGGUAACAUGAAGGUCGAUCUUAUUGGAAAGAAUUUAACCGUCAAUGAAAACAUGGCUAUUUUUAUCACUAUGAAUCCUGGAUAUUCUGGUCGUUCAAAUCUCCCAGAUAAUUUGAAGCAGCUUUUCCGUUCAUUUGCAAUGACUGCUCCUGACAGUGGGCUUAUUGCUGAAGUUAUGCUUUCAUCACAAGGAUUCCAAUCUGCGGAAAUUCUUUCAAACAAAAUUGUUCUCUUAUUUACUCUUUGCAAAGAACAACUUUCCAGCCAAUGCCACUAUGAUUUUGGCCUUCGUGCACUGAAAAAUGUUUUGGUUUCUGCUGGAAACAUUAAGCGUGAAGCAAUACAAAAUACUAAUGAAAGCAAUAUGGAAGCCGAUGUUUCUUCCUUGCAAAUUUCUGAGCAGCAAAUUCUUAUUCAAUCUGUUUGUGAAACACUUACUCCAAAACUAGUGUCAGAAGAUAUUACUUUGUUACAAUCACUUUUACAUGAUGUUUUCCCUGAAGUUGAUUAUCAGCAAAAGUCAAUGGAAACUUUGCGCGAUGAAAUUAUUCGAAUUGCCACUGAAGAACACUUCUGCUGUUCAACAGAUGUUGGUGAAAAAGGAUCUCUAUGGAUGGAGAAAGUUCUGCAAGUCUACCAAAUAACAAAUCUCAAUCACGGUUUGAUGCUUGUUGGUUCUAGUGGUUCGGGAAAAUCAUCGGCAUGGAAAAUCUUACUCAAAUCAUUGGAGAAGUUAGAAAAUGUAGAAGGUGUCUCACAUGUUAUUGAUGCUAAAGCAAUGAGUAAAGAUGCACUUUAUGGUGUUCUGGAUCCCAAUACAAGAGAGUGGACUGAUGGACUCUUCACACAUAUUAUUAGAAAAAUUGUCGACAAUGUUCGCGGUGAAGCUAGCCGACGACAAUGGAUUAUUUUUGAUGGAGAUGUUGAUCCAGAAUGGGUCGAGAAUCUUAACUCCGUUCUUGACGACAAUAAACUUCUUACCUUACCAAACGGAGAACGUCUUGCUAUCCCACCAAAUGUCCGUAUAAUUUUCGAAGUGGCUGAUUUGAAAUAUGCAACUAUGGCUACUGUUUCGCGGUGUGGAAUGGUCUGGUUCAGUGAGGAUGUAGUUACUUCUGAUAUGCUUUUUGAACGUUAUCAUCUUCAACUUCGAAAUAUUCCUUUAUUUACUGAAAAUCCUUCAAAUUCAUUAAAACUUCAAGAAAUUUGUGCUGAUCUAUUAUUUGAUCAUAUGAAGGGAGGUGGGCUUAUUCCUCUUGCAUUGAACUUUACAAUCGAGCAACUCGACCAUAUAAUGUAUCCAUCAAAACAACGACUUUUAAUGUCAUUCUUCUCAAUGAUGAAUUUUUCAAUAAAACAAUUAUUGCAGUAUGAUGCCGAUCAUCCUGAUUUUCCACCAACCACUGAACAAAUUGAAAAUUUCAUUGGACGCUCGAUGCUUAUUAAUCUCAUUUGGUCAUUUAGCGGCGAUGGCAAUUGGAAAUCUCGGAAAGCAUUGAGUGACUUUGUUCGUAGCUCUACAACAAUUCAAUUACCUCAAAAUGAAUCGUUACCGCUGAUUGAUUUCUAUGUUCCUCCGACUGGUGAUUGGACGCCUUGGUCUGAUAAAGUCCCUCAAAUUGAAAUUCAAUCAGAUAAAAUUGUGGAUACUUCAACUGUUAUACCAACAAUGGACACUGUUCGCCAUGAAUCACUUUUAAAUACUUGGUUGAAUGAAAGGAAACCUCUUGUUUUGUGUGGUCCUCCUGGAUCUGGUAAAACAAUGACAUUACUUUCUGCACUUCGGUCGUUCCCUGAUAUGGAUGUAAUUAAUGUCAACUUUUCUUCUUCCACCACUCCUGAACUUCUUCUUAAAAACUUCGAUCAUUAUUGUGAAUAUCGCCGAACUCCAAAUGGUGUUGUUCUCUCACCUAUUCAAAUUACACGUUGGCUUGUUAUAUUCUGUGACGAAAUAAAUUUACCCCAACUUGAUAAAUAUGGUACACAACGAGUUAUUUCAUUUAUGCGACAGUUAGUUGAACAGAAUGGUUUCUACCGAACAAGUGACAAAUCUUGGGUCUCAUUGGAGCGUAUUCAGUUUGUUGGCGCAUGUAACCCACCAACCGAUCCUGGACGAAAUCCGCUUUCAUCAAGAUUUCUUCGACAUGUCCCAGUUAUUUAUGUUGACUAUCCUGGUGAAACGUCAUUGAUUCAAAUUUAUGGAACAUUUGCUCGUGCAAUGCUUCGACCAAUCACACAAUUACAUGGAAAAGAUGUUCCUCUAACAGAUGCGAUUGUGGAAUUUUAUCAGCGAAGCCAAGAACAUUUUACACAAGAUGAUCAACCACAUUAUGUUUAUUCUCCUCGUGAAUUGACACGUUGGGUACGAGGAAUCAAUGAAGCUAUUGCACCAAUGGAUAGUAUAACUACAAAUGAUUUAGUUCGUCUCUGGGCUCAUGAAGCACUUCGUCUUUUCCAAGAUCGACUUGUUUAUGAUGAAGAAAGAAAAUGGACUGAAGAUUUAGUUGAUGAAAUCGCUGGAAAAUACUUUGCUGGAUCGUGUGAUUUACGUGAAGCGCUUGAACGUCCAAUACUUUAUUCCUCUUGGCUUAAAAAGAAAUAUUCUCCCGUUUCACAAAAAGAACUCGCCGAUCACGUGGUUCAUCGUCUAAAGCAAUAUAAUGAAGAGGAAAUUGAUGUUGGUAUUGUUUUAUAUGAUCAAAUGCUUGACCAUCUUCUUCGAAUUGAUCGCGUAUUUCGUCAACCUCAAGGACAUUUGCUUUUAAUUGGCGUCUCCGGUUCUGGUAAAACAACACUUUCACGAUUUGUUGCUUGGAUGAAUGGUUAUUCUGUUGUGCAGCUCAAAGUUCAUUCGAAAUACAAGGGUUCCGAUUUUGAUGAAGAUGUCCGGCUAGUUUUGCGCAGAGCAGGUUGUAAAGGUGAACAAAUUUGCUUCAUUAUGGACGAGUCAAACAUGUUGGAAACUGGCUUUUUGGAACGACUUAAUACACUAUUAGCAAAUGGCGAAGUUCCUGGACUUUUUGAAGGCGAUGAUUACAACACACUCCUUAAUCAAAUCAAAGAAGGAGCUCAACGUCAAGGACAGAUGCCAGACUCGCCAGAGGAAUUAUAUAAAUGGUUUACCCAACAGAUUGUUCAAAACCUUCAUAUUGUCUUUACAAUGAACCCAUCUGGCGAUGGACUUCGUGCUCGUGCAUCAACAUCGCCUGCUCUAUUCAAUCGUUGUGUAUUAAAUUGGUUUGGAGACUGGUCAAAUGCGUCUUUGUAUCAAGUUGGCGAUCAACUUACUUCAAUGUUCGAAAUAGAUAAAACUGACUAUGUUCCGCCCGCUGCUAUGGAACAUUGUUGUGAUCGAUUACCUACUGAAAUUUAUUAUCGUGAUGCUGUUGUCAACUCUUUUGUUCAUAUUCACAACGAGGUUCAAAGGACGAAUGAUGUUGAGUCGCGUAAAGGUCAUCGUGUAAUGGCUGUGACACCUCGACAUUAUCUUGAUUUCAUUAAACACUUUACAACAUUGUUCAAAAGGAAACGUGAAGAAUUGACGGAGGAAAAAAUUCAUCUUGAAAAUGGUUUGAAAAAGAUUCAAGAAACUGAAAAAGAAGUUACCGAAUUAAAAUCUUCAUUGAGUCAGAAAAGUGAAGAAUUACGAACAAAACAAAAACAAGCUAAUGAAAAAUUGCAACAAAUGUUGGCUGAUCAAAGGGAAGCAGAAAAUGAGAAGAAAAAAUCCGAAACUUUACAAGAACAGAUUCGUAAUGAGAAGAAAAUGAUUGAAAUAAAGAAAGCUGAAGUGGAAAAAGAACUUGCUGAUGUAUUGCCUGCUGUUGAAGAGGCUAAAAGUGCUGUUUCGGGUAUAAAGAAACAACAACUUGUUGAGGUUCGUUCAAUGGCUUCACCACCUAAAGCUGUCCAACUUGCUGUGGAAGCUAUUUGUUUGUUACUUGGUGAGAAAGUUAGCAGCUGGAGAGACAUUCGUGGAAUUUUGGUCAAAGAAGAUUUUAUUCCAAGAAUUGUUCAAUUCAAUACAGAAGCAAUUACUCCAGAAAUUACAGAGAAAAUGAAACCAUUUGUUAAUAAUCCAGAUUGGGAGUAUGAAAAGGUUCUUCGUGCCAGUCAAGCAUGUGGUCCACUCGUAAAAUGGUCAAAAGCACAGCUUUCUUAUGCCAAAAUGUUAAACAAAGUGGAGCCGUUAAACAAUGAACUUUCACGUCUUCAACAAGAUGCGAGUCAAAAAGCGCAUGCGGGUGGAGAAGUUAAAAGGAAGAUUGAAGAAUUAGAGGAAAGAAUCCAAAAACUUAAGGAUGAAUAUGCCCAACUUAUAGCAGAAGCAGAAAACAUCAAGCAAAAUCUUGCUGCUGUGCAAAAGAAAGUUGAUAGAAGCACUCAACUACUUUCUUCACUUCGAGUAGAAUGUGACCGUUGGCAAGCUAGCCGUGAAGGAUUUAGUCAACAAAAUGCAACUCUUGUUGGUGAUGUUCUUCUUUCUGCUGCAUUCCUCUCUUACUCUGGCUAUUAUGACCAAUAUUUACGAGACAAAUUAUUCCAUAAAUGGAUGAACAUUUUGCAAACAGCCGAUGUUGUCUUUCGUCAUGAGCUUGCUCGUAUUGAAUACCUUUCAACUGCUGAUGAGCGACAACAAUGGUAUACAAAUGGAAUGCCAAAGGAUGAACUUUGCACAGAAAAUGCAAUAAUGCUUCAUAACUUUAACCGCUUCCCUCUUAUCAUUGAUCCAAAUGGACAAUCAAUUGAUUACAUUUGCAAGGAAUUUUCUUCCAACAAUAGAGAUCAAAAAAUAACUGUUCAAAAGACCAGUUUUAAUGAUAAUUCCUUCAGAAAAACACUUGAGUCAGCAUUACGUUUUGGAACUACAUUGUUAGUUCAGGAUGUUGAAUCUUAUGAUCCAAUUCUGAAUCCAGUCUUGAACAGAGAAGUCAAGAAAGCAAGUGGUCGUGUACUUAUCACAAUUGGAGAUCAAGACAUUGAUUUAUCACCUGCCUUCAAAAUAUUUCUUUUUACAAGAGAUUCUUCGGUUGAAUUUCCUUCUGAUGUUUGCUCUCGUGUCACUUUUGUCAACUUUACUAUUACUAAAACAAGUUUGGAGUUACAAUGUCUCAAUCAAGUGCUUCACAGUGAACGUCCUGAUAUUGAAGAGAAGCGAAAUAAUUUACUAAAAUUACAAGGAGAAUUUGCUGUUAAACUUAGGCAGUUGGAGAAGGCUUUGUUGAAUGCACUCAAUGAUUCAAAAGGAAAAAUUCUUGAUGAUGAUUCAGUUAUUGCAACGUUGGAAAAACUUAAAAAUGAAGCAAAGGAAGUACAAAAGAAGUCUUCUGAAACUGAUGAAGUCAUAAAAGAGGUUGAUCGUGUUUCUCAAGAAUACAACAAAUUGGCUACUGCUUGUUCCUACAUUUACAUGAUGUUACAUCAAUUGGAAGAAAUUCAUCUUCUUUACAAUUAUUCACUCGAUUUUCUUUUGGAUAUAUUCACAAAUGCAUUGAAAUCGCCGCGUUUGUCUGGAGUAAAAGAUCAUCAUACAAGACUUUCAAUUAUUCUUCAAGAUUUGUUUUCGUUGACAUAUUCACGCGUCUCUCAUGGCAUGAUGCACAUUGAUAAAAUUUUGUUGGCACUUCUUUUGUUACGAAUUUAUUUGCGUUGUACCAGCUCAAACAAAUUUGAAGAAGAAUUUGAUUAUUUGCUUCUUUAUUCUUCCAAGCUACAGCUUAAAAGUGCAACAAAUCAAAAUUUAAAACAAAUUGUCAUUCCACCAUUAAAUGAGCACCAAAUUGCUUCUCUUAUUUCACUUUCAAGAUUGCCUGCAUUUAAGGAAUGUAUUGAUAAAUUUAAAACAUCUGUUACAACUGAGGAUUUGACUGAAUGGCUUAGAUCUGAUCAACCAGAAAAUUCUGUUCCUGAAAUAUGGACAACUAAAGAGCUUGGAAAUCCAAUUACAAAAGCUCUAAACGAAUUUAUUGUUAUUUACACGUUGAGGCCAGAUCGAUUACUUGCUUCUGCACAUUUGCUUAUUUGUGCAACUUUUGGUAAUGAAUUUAUGCUUCAAGAUAAAGUACUAAAUCUUCGAGAAGUUAUCGAACAUGAGAUUAAAAGCAAAGUUCCUGUACUUUUAUGUUCGGCUGUUGGUUAUGAUGUUUCUGGACGCGUAGAAGAUUUGGCUGUAGAAAUGAAUAAUAAAGAUAUGAUUUCAAUUGCAAUUGGGUCUUCUGAAGGAUUUGAUCAAGCUGACAAAGCACUUGAUUCUUCUAGUAGAAAUGGACGUUGGAUGUUACUGAAAAAUGUUCAUUUGGCAACUGAUUGGCUUACACAUUUGGAAAAGAAGUUGCAUAAUUUGAAGCCUCAUAAUAAUUUCCGAUUAUUCUUAACUGCUGAAAUUAACUCCAAAUUACCUGUUUCAAUGAUUCAGGCUUCUCGUGUUCUAGUAUUUGAGCCUUCUACCGGUCUAAAAGCGAACUUAUUGCGCUCAAUUUCGUCAAUAUCUCCUCAGAAAAUUGCGAAAAAUCCUGCUGAACGUUCAAGACUUUACUUUUUGUUGUGUUGGUUCCAUGCAAUAGUUCAAGAACGUUUGAGAUAUCAACCACUUGGAUGGGCAAAUUCAUAUGAAUUCUCAGAUGCAGAUCUUCGUGUUGCUUGUGAUACUUUGGAUCAAUCGGUCGACGAAAUUGCUCAAGGACGAAGUAAUGUCAAACCAUCAAAACUUCCUUGGUUGGCUUUACGUUCAUUGUUGUCACAAUGUAUUUAUGGUGGAAAAAUUGAUAAUCGAUUUGAUCAGAAUUUGCUGGAAACUUUCCUAAAUAAAUUAUUCACUCAAUGUCUCUUUGACUCCAAUUUUGUAUUAAUCGAAGAUAUUGAUGGAAAUUCUACUCCAUUAGUUGUACCAGAUGAAACUUCAACAAAGGAUAGUUUAAUCAAUUGGGUUCAUCAAAUAAAAGCAGCUCAAAUGCCGAGUUGGAUUGGUCUUCCAAAUAAUGCAGAAAAAGUUCUUUUAACAGAACGAGGUCAAGAAUUGCUUCGUAAAAUGCUUAAAAUGUCAGAUGAUGAGCUUGCUUAUGACGAAAUUGAUAGCUCCUUACAAAAUAAAGUAGCGCCUUCUUGGAUGGUUGUUCUUAAAGAACAUUGUCAAGCUUGGUUGGCAGAAUUUCCAAAGGAGAUUUGCAAAUUGCGUCGCACAAAAGAAAAUGUUAAGGAUCCAAUUUUCCGGUUCUUUGAGCGUGAAAUUAAUUUGGGCUCUCGUUUGCUUAAUGAGAUUCGUAAAGAUUUAAUUGAAUUGCUUGAAAUAUGUGAUGGCAAACACAAACAGAACAAUCACACUCGUGAAUUAAUUGCUGCACUUGUAAAAAGCAAACAGGUGCCCCAAAGCUGGAAACAAUAUACAACUCCUCGUGAUGCACAUGAAUGGAUGAAUGAUUUGAAAGAACGUGUUAAACAAUUGGAUCGACUUUCCCGUUCUAACAAUUUGAAAGCGGAAAGUAUUUGGCUUGGAGGAAUGUUUUUCCCUGAAGCUUACAUCACUGCAACACGACAAUUUGUAGCACAAACUAAUGGAUGGUCGUUAGAACAGUUAAAUAUGCAUGUUCGUGCGGUUGGGAAAGGUGUUGAACAACAAAAACAACAGCAAGGGCCAACAAGUUUCUCACUUACAGGCCUCCGAGCAGUUGGAAUUAAUUGUGAAUCCCCAAACAAAAUAAAGUUGACAGAUUCUAUUCACUCAGAAGUUGACAAACUUCAAUUUGUUUGGACAUUGGAGAAGCAAAAGGAGAAGGAAGUUGUUUCUGUUCCGGUUUAUUUGUAUUCAAAUCGUGCACAGUUCCUUUUUGAAUUAUUUUUUGUUCCCGUUAAUUUUGAUAAGGCAUUGCUUAGUCAGCGCGGAGUGGCGCUCUUGACAAAUUCAUCAUUUUAA